AGACAGCUAACAUACAAAGUGUGCAUUAAUGCUGGUGAAUACAUUACAUGAUGGAUAUUUAGUAGUGUUUAGAAACAUUAAGGAUUUAAUGUUCUAGGAUACCAGACUACUUGUCAUGAACUAUUACACAUUUAAGAGGCAGGUCAAUGGUUAAGGAUAUUAUUCCCUCUGUGGUAAUUUUCAGUAUAAUUUUGCUGAAACUUGACACAUUACAUAUGGGUAAAACAUUUGAGUUCCUUUGGGUAGCACGACCUGGUUUUUCAUAUAUGUAUGAUAUAUGUUUUACAUAUAACAUAACCUGCAAAUUUAAGACAUGCUAAAGGAACAUUUUAUACAUUGUUCUAUUGUCCAGUAAGAAAUUUUCAUCACUAGAAGUGAAUUCAUGCUGUGUGUGCAUUGGUGAGGAUAUAUAUAAUAUAGCUAAUAAGUGGCAUAUUCAGCUUAUUCUUAAUGAACUCGCUUUAAUGCAACAUUUGUGUGAUACUGCUGUUUAUUUAUGUCCCUUCAUUUUCUACCUUGGACGCAAGUCUCGGUGUUCAUUGCUGAUGAGGCUAGUGCAUAUGUCUAAAAAGGUGUACAUAUUUGUAAGCACAGCAGCUGAUUCUCAUCUAUGGAUGAUGUUAGUUCCGUUUUACAUUAUAUAAUACUACAAACUGUAUGAUGGGUGAUAACACCUUUUCCUCUUCUACAGCACAUCUAGUUAUAUUCGGUGCAGCUUACAAUUUUGCUAAGAUCAAUCAUCUCAUUCUGAUAUUUAUUGAAAUAGUAUUUUCAACAUCAGUUGAUGAUAAUGCUAAUAUGGAUGUCAUAAUUUGAAUAUGUUGAGAGCAAAUACUUCAUGCAUAUGUAUUGUAGGGAAAAUGUCAAAGACCCCUGCAAAACGUAAACGUCUUAGAGCAAGGGAAAACAAUGAUGUUCCUGGACCUUCUACACAACUAGACCAUCAUCCACUGUCCAGUGUGGUGCCAAUGAUUGACUAUGCGGAGCUGGCAAGACACAUUGUGCAACAACAAGCAAUCCAAGGACAGGCGGAACAACAGUUGGUUACCGAAAACAAUGUACAGGGGAGCCAGCCAGAAGCUGCAACACCCACAAUGACCUCAGCAACAGUGUCAGGUGGAACCCAUAGUGUGGGGGCUACCAAUGUCCUACCUGGACCACAGUCUGUCUCUCCCAUGGACACCCCCAACAUUUCUAAUGUGGGUUCGAUUUUAGAUGUAGUUUUCUCAGACAGCCCGGUUCCAAGCUCCAUAUUUGGAGCAGUAUCCCACCCCGGUUCCGGAACAUUUAUUGCAGAUUUAACUUCAGCAACAGCUCAUAUUCUGACAGCUUCCUUAACACAGGCAUCUCGAGCUGCAUAUAGGCGGUCUUUGGACCUAUUCCUGAAUUACAAACUAACUUACCUUUUCAAGUCUCUGAUGUAUGCAACUUCAUUGGACAUUUAUUUCAAUCCAAUUUGAGUGCAAGCACUAUAUCAUCACACAUAUCUGCUCUGGGCUAUGUCCACAAAUUGUUCAAUUUGCCAGAUCCUUCUCAAGCCUUUGUAGUAAAGAAACUUCUGCGUGGUUGUCACAAAUUGGCAGGGACUGUAGACUCAAGGCUACCGAUAACGAAAGAUAUUUUAGCAAAACUUAUUGCGGCUUUGUCUCAUACGGUUGCAGCAAAAGCCAACUGCAUAUUAUUAGAUGCUCUGUUUAAAUUAUGCUUUCAUGCAUUCCUUCGCCUUGGGGAAGUUGUUUCAAAAUCUGCAGGAAGUAGCAGUUUGGUGGUGCAGCGGUCAAAUGUCGCCUUUCAAUUUGAGGGUUCUUUACUGAAAUCAGUGCAGAUAGUUCUACAUCAUUUCAAAAAUCAGAAACAUAACAAUCCUUUUGUCAUUACACUUGAGAGCAGCAUAGAUCCAACAAUGUGCCCUGUGGCAGCUCUACAUCGCUAUUUAUCACAUUUCAAGCAUUCUUCGGGACCCUUAUUCCAGUUCAUAGGGGGAAACCCUGUUACAUAUUCUUAUGUUUCCACUCAACUCUAUGCCGCUGCAACCUUUGCUGGUCUGAACCCAAAGUUGUACAAAGGUCAUAGUUUUAGAAUAGGUGCUGCUACAUAUGCCACAAGUCUGGGUUAUUCUGAGAAUCUGAUCAAACAAUUAGGCAGAUGGAACUCUAAUGCCUUUCGUCGCUACAUAAGAAUACCUGCUUUCAACCUUUAACUUAUUUUCUACCCCAUCCUCUGAUAUUUUUUUUACUUGAUAGUCAGGGCGCAUUCAGGUUCAGCAACAACCUUUGGCAGGUCAGUGUCUAACUGCUGCUAAAGACUGCAUCACUUGCGUGCAUAUAUCAGUGGGCAGGUCAGUGUCUAACUGCUGCUAAAGACUGCAUCACUUGCGUGCAUAUAUCAAUUGAAAAUUUGGGCAGGUCAGUGUCUAACUGCUGCUAAGGACUGUAUCAAUUGACUGUUAUAUCAAUUUAAGACUUCGAGCAGGUCAGUGUUUAACUGCUGCAAAAAAGUUUGGUACUAUGUAAAUAUUUAAACAAAAUAGGUUUUUUGCAAGUUGGUAUCUGUUAUUUUUCUUUGUAGUAAUUCUUUUUUGCAAGUUGUAGAGAAAAAAAAUUCUGUUUUAUAUGCUACACAUUGGUACUGUAUACAUUGCUAUAUGUGGUUGGUGCAAUAUACCUUACUGACUCACUUAGUUACGCUAUCCUUUUAUACACAGAUAUGUCCAAAGUAUGUCUUGUUAUAUACAAUAUCCUUUAUGUUAUAGCACAGGAAUGUGUCAACUUUGGUAACCAUAUACACUGUUAAUUGCAAUCGGGUCAGUAUUUAACUGUUCAUGUGUUAUAAAUGUUUAUUAACUCUCCACAGUCAAACUAGUUAUUUCUCUCUGCUCACCUUGGAUGGCGCCGAUAUGAUACUGUGUUUCAUAUCUUGUGGCCUUAUUUGUUCGCCAUCUUUUUGCUCUGGGUUUGUUUUGAUGAGUUUUUAUUUGUCAUCUUAUAGCGUAGCAUUAUUUAAGUUAUUUUGUCUUCUUUGGGGGAAAUCAGACUUUGAGUAAUUUAGCUUUGCAGGUACUUUCAUGUAGAAUGUAUUAUCUGAUUUCCCCCAAAAUCUUAUGUUGAAGAUUUCUUUCGUCAUUUGGUAUUGUAAUAAAUGACAAAUUUUCAAUCUCAAUCAUGCUUUUGUUCAGAUUUUUUAUGACAGCAAAAACGAGCUACGGUGAGCAGAGUUUGGGUAAUAGAAGCUGAUAAACAUAAAAUCAAUAUUAUGGAACAUAAUAGCAUUUAUGUUUAAAGCGUAUAUAUGUGUCAUUUGCCCUAUUGGGGACCUCGUAUAACUUUACCCCGUUGGGGGCCUCAAGUUUGUUAGCCAAUCAAUGGCUUGGAUAGGCACGCGAUAGCUUGUGUUUUGCACACGUUAGCCUUUUCAUAUACAUGGGAUUCAGUGAAUACAAAUUGUAAAGCGGAUCAAAGUUUUUUCAUUUUGUUCAACCCUCCAUCACCCCAACUUUCCGUCCUCAAUAUGGAGGUUUACUCCGGUGCUAUGCAAUCUUUUUAUAUAGGCUUUUUCGUCAUUUGGGUUGGCCUUAUUUGUUCGCCAUCUUUUUGCUCUGGGUUUGUUUUGAUGAAUUUUUAUUUGUCAUCUUAUAGCGUAGCAUUAUUUAAGUUAUUGCUAAUUUUUGACGUUGAUGUCUGGUUCGGUUUAAAUAUGUCUCACAUCUUAAGAAGUGUAAUGACCUAGAUAUUUUAUUUGAUGAUUUAUUAGUUUUAACUCUAUUAAAUGGAAAUAAGUAUGUUUUCUCUACUUUUGUCAAUUUUAUGCGAGUAUGGAGUUACCUUAAUCGGUAUAUUUUAUCCAUGAAAACAGCUAAAAUUAAGUGUAUCACACAGAACUUUAUUGACUUUUAAUAUUCGUUACCGUUUGUUAUAUUUGCUGUAUUUAUGAUACGCCGUAAGUCGUUAAAUAUAGACUGUAUUCUACUUUAUGGCAUAUGUAGCGUGUUUUACAUGUAUAUCAGCCAAGCACCAUUAUCAGACCUCGGACUAAAGCCGUUUGUCUGAUAGUGUGCUUUACAGUGUACUUUUCUCUUAGCCAUUGUCGUACUUCAAACAAAUAGAAU